AUGUCCCUCCCCAAGGCCGCCCUUGUCUUGCUUCAGGCUAUCAUCAACCAGCUGGCAACCACCCCACCCCACCCCGUCCCGCCAACCGCGUCUCGGACGCCCACCCCCCUCGGCUCGCCGCAACUAGCGUCUCGCUCUCCCUUACCUGCCAACGAAAAGAAGGCGUCUCCCGAGCCUGCACGGGCACCUUCACCGCCGAGGAUUGAAACUGCGAGCGCGAGCGACGGCGGCGGCGUGCUAUAUGGAGAGGACUGGCGUAUCCUCAGGCUGGCACCGUUGAUAUUCAAGCUUCAGCAACCGGUGGUCUGGACGCUCGCGCUGUGCGAAAUCGCGGCCAUCCUCUACGCAAACUUGGCAGUGGCGCUACCCGACGUGGGCUCGGCCGAGGCGGCGCCGAAUUCGCCGCUGUCGAGGGUCGGGACGGCGCUGUGUCCAUCGCCGGCGACCGCGAACGGCAUGGCAGACAUCCGAAUCACGACGUUGUACGCGAUUGGAUUCGUGCUUUCCACGUUCGGCGGCGCACUCAGGUUGCUCUGCUACCGCUACCUGGGCCAUCUCUUCACGUUCAGUCUGUGGAAAGCGCAGGACCACGUCUUAGUCCAGACGGGCCCAUAUGCCGUCGUCCGCCACCCAUCAUACACGGGAUCGAUGCUCCUCAAUUCCGGACUCACCCUCAGCUUCUUCAUGGCCAAUAGCGGCAGUUGGGCCGUGGCAUGCGGUGUGUUUGGUCGUGGUGAUGGCCUGCUCCCGGCCUCUCCUCCCAUCAUGCUGUUCGUUGCGAUGUACUGGGGUUACUAUGUCCUCGUCGGAAUCACUCGCGCACGUGCCGAAGAUGCCGAGCUCAAGCGCACGUUCGGCGCUCACUGGGACGCGUACGCCUCCCGCACAAUAAAUUGGUUCUUCCCGGGCAUCUGGUGA